GUGUCAGUAGAGACACGUAGAUUCAACUACUCAAUGUGCCUAUCAGUAUAGUUAUUUAUGUUUUUUAAUAUAUAUUGUAUAAGAAUAAAUAAUAAAUAAAUUAAAAUGAAAUUUGCUGAUGUACUUCGGCAAAUUGAUGCCUAUCCAAAAACACUUGAAGAUUUUAGAGUAAAAACAUUUAGUGGUGCAUUAUUGACAAUAGCAAGUUCAGUAAUAAUGGCAUUAUUAUUUAUUUCUGAAUUAAGAGAUUUUUUAAAUCCAGGACUUAAUGAGGAGUUAUUUGUUGACACAUCAAGAAGUUCAAAAUUAAGAAUUAAUCUUGAUUUUAUCAUUCCAAAAAUAUCUUGUGAUUUGUUGUCUUUGGAUGCCAUGGACACAACUGGUGAACAACAUCUUCAAAUUGAGCAUAAUAUUUAUAAAAGAAGAUUAGAUUUAAAUGGUAAACCACUUGAAGAACCACAAAGAACAGAUAUUACUGACACGAAGAAAAAAACAGACAAUCAGGAUGGUUCAAAUUCAACUGAAGCACCAUGUGGUGAUUGUUAUGGUGCAGCAAAUGAUGAAACAACAAUCAAAUGCUGUAAUACUUGUGAAGAUGUUAAAGAAGCUUACAGACAACGUAAAUGGCAACUUCCUGAUUUAAAAAUGAUAACACAAUGUAAACAUGAUCGAAGUGUUGAAAAAUUAAAAAAUGCAUUUCUAGAAGGUUGUCAAAUAUUUGGCUACAUGGAAGUCAAUAGAGUUGGUGGAAGUUUUCAUAUAUCACCUGGUGAUAGUUUUUCCAUAAAUCAUAUGCAUGAUUUUAUGUUUUUUACAGUUCAUGAUGUUCAACCAUUUGCAUCAUCUGAAUUUAAUAUGACACAUAUUAUUCGACAUUUAAGUUUUGGUCUUAAUGUUGAGGGUAAAUCAAAUCCAAUGGAUAAUACAACUGUUGUUGCUGAUGAAGGUGCAAUGAUGUUUCAACAUUAUAUAAAAAUAGUACCAACAACAUAUUCACGUAUUGAUGGUGCACAAUUACAAACAAAUCAAUUUUCAGUAACAAGAUAUUCACGUAAAACUGGAAUGUAUAAUGGUGAAUCAGGCAUGCCUGGUGUUUUCUUCAGCUAUGAAUUAAGUCCACUUAUGGUUAAAUAUACAGAAAAAAAAAAAUCAUUUGGACAUUUUGCAACAAAUGUUUGUGCAAUUAUUGGUGGUGUAUUUACUGUUGCUGGUCUUAUUGAUACAUUUUUGUAUCAUUCUGUUCGAGCCUUACAAAAAAAACAUGAACUUGGUAAACUUGGCUAAAAUUUAUAUAUAUAUAUAUUUUUAUUAAAUAAU